CUUGAAGAGAGAAUAAUUCAACAAUAGCGUAUGCAUGAAUUUUAUGGUGGAUGGAGGCUAGGCAAGACAAGUGAAUACGAGAGUGCAAACCAUUCUAGGCCACCAAACUUUAUCACCAGAGACAGAGGAAGUGUGAGGCGAGCAAGGCGCAUAGGUCGCGGAAAUAAUGAGUGCUAAGCGGCAGGCAGCUGCAGUUGUGACGGCAGCUCCCGCCGCAACGCCAUCCACAUCACUACCAGCUGAAGGGCCAACGGUCACUAAUGACUCUGUCAACAACCAAGUCCCCUCAAGUAAUCGGGGACCAAUUGGCAACAUAGCUGCAACCUCUUCCAACUUUGUUGUCAGUUCCAUCGGGGGAAUGUUUAGCAAAAUGACAGAAUAUUUUGAAAUGCAAACAAUCCCAAAUUCCAGAGGAUCAUUUGAAGAGUCAUCGGACGAGCUUGAGUUUGAUGAUGAUUAUUAUUCCUCGUUAGACCAUCUGGAGGGGCAUCCUGUGUCCAAUCCCAAUAACAACGGUCAGAGAAGAGGAAUUUUUGCUGGAUUAAGCAGUUACUUUCAACCGUGGAAAAAAUACCAACCUGUGCCAACUCACAAUAACGAUAACAACAAUAGGAGAAACUCCUCCAGUGUAGAUGGAGAUCUUAACAAUUCGUCUUUUUCAUCGUUUCAAGAUCACACAUCAUUUUGUGAACCCUAUCCUCUCAUUGAUGAGAGUGUGAACGGGGAAGGAGUUUAUAUAGACAAUGGAAGAGAAGGAGAUGCAGGUGAAGGACACAAAUUUGUGCCAACACAAUUGUUGAAUAUUAUCACGUGGUGUGAUAAAUGUGGAGAACUUAUCUGGGGAUUCUAUAAACAGUGCCUUCGAUGUACAUUGCUGACUUAAAAGUUGCUAAGGAUGGUUGGGAUAUAACUGAGGAGGGGAGAUGGUUCCAGUCUUUGACAGUCCUCGGAAAAAAUGAGUUUGCAUGUGUGUCUGUUCUGACAUGUUUAAUGUAGAAUUGUUGAUCAUGACA